UUGGUUGGCUUUCGACCAAUCACAUUGCUUGUGGUCAAACUCUAUAGAAUACUUUGCCCAUGGCAGAGGCUGAGGUGCACUAGCUUUUCCUUCUUGUCUUCAUUUUUAUCUUUAGCCUUCACUGGGAAUAAACAGAUCUGAUCUGAGCUCCUGUCAGCAGCAGCAACAGAUUCACCUUCAUUCACCCAGGCACCAUGAAAGUAGCAUCUUUUAACAUCCAGAAGUUUGGAAAAAACAAAGUGUCAGACCCAGAUAUCCUCAAUAUCCUGACCAAGAUUGUGUCUCAAUAUGACAUCAUUUUGAUCCUGGAAGUGGUGGACGUCAGUGGAGAGUCUGUAAAAACCUUUCUGGAUGCACUCAAUGGAUGCAAUCAGAAUCAUCACUACUCUCUGAAGAUCAGCAGUCGUCUGGGCCGAACACGCUACAAGGAGCAGUUCAUGUUCCUGUACAGGGAUGACUUGGUUGACUUGGUGGGCUCCUAUCAGUUUGAUGACCAGGUGACCGAGGGAUUAGACGUUUUCGCUAGAGAUCCCUACAUCCUGCGAUUCAGAUGCCUCAAUACAGUGUUGAAGGACCUCGUGAUGAUCCCAGUUCACACCAAACCAGAGGACUCGGAGAAGGAGCUGGACGAGCUGUACGAUGUCUUCCUGGACGUGAAGAAGAAGUGGAGGACUGAUAACAUAAUGAUCCUGGGUGACUUCAAUGCUGACGGUUCGUACGUCACCAAAAGUAAGAUGAAGGAAAUUCGUAUCCGUAGCGACAAGAACUUCCACUGGCUGAUUGCAGAUGAUGUUGACACCACGGCCAGCACCGGAAACAACCACACAUACGACAGGAUAGUGAUCUAUGGAGAUGACAUGCUCCAGGCUAUCGUACCAAACUCUGCCAAACCCUUCAACUUCCAGAAGGCAUAUGGACUCAGUGAUGAGCAGGCUCUAAAAGUGAGUGACCAUUACCCUGUGGAGGUGGAGCUGAAGUCCAUAACUAAGGCAACAGAUGAAGCGGAUGGUCUGAAACAGCAGCUGUUGCCUCAGUCAGCACCGCCGAGGCUCCUGGCCAUUGAUGAGGAUCUGCUGGAGCUGAAGAGAGGAAACCUGCUGCUGGAGAGAGAGAAGCUCAGUUUGGAGAUCCAGAUCCUCCGGCAGAAGAUAGCCCACAUGAACAGCGGAAAUGCUGUUUAAACUUAGGAGGCCAGAUCCAUCCAAAACACCCAACAAAACAAUAAACCUGUACUUUAAUUCACUACCUACAACACCACUACCUACAACUAAUCCACUGCAGUUUGUCAAGCUGUUUACCUAACACUGCAGUUGAUCUGGGUGCAUCCUACUGUACCUGGGGCUCCACCCUGGAUUGUAGCACAUAUCUGACUUUCUGGAUGACUGCUUUUAUCCCUUAAAAAUAUGAACUGAGAGAAAUUAACACUUUUCAGUUAGUGUAGUGACUUUUGACUGAAUGGAGGUAUCACGUGGUCUGUCUACUUUCCUCCAUACUCCACACAAGAUGAAAUAAAUUAUGAUAACUGA